CUUACUGACCUUUCUGCCUCGGACUUCUAAACAGCGAUCAGGUGUUCUGCAGGAUUUGAGUGGAUUUGUCAGUUUAUUGACCAGAUCGUCCAAAUAGGCUGCUGUUUCCUCCUGAACCUGUGCCUGAGUUAACUGGACACUACCAUGGAGAAAGAGAGCAGACCAUCAUGGGACAACCCCAUGCAGUUUGUUCUGGCUUGUGUUUCUUACGCUGUUGGACUUGGAAACGUCUGGCGUUUUCCGUAUCUCUGUCAAAUGCACGGAGGAGGGGGCUUUAUGAUCCCAUACCUCAUCAUGCUGUUUGUAGAGGGCAUUCCUCUGUUCUACAUGGAGCUGGCCAUUGGACAGAAGAUGCGUCUGGGCAGCAUUGGAGCCUGGAGUGCCAUCAGUCCCUACCUGGGUGGAUUAGGCAUCGCCAGUGUUGUAACCUCACUGUAUCUGUGCCUGUAUUACAAUGUGAUCAAUGCCUGGAGCUUUUGGUAUCUCUUCCAUUCCUUUCAGGCCGUGUUGCCAUGGUCAGACUGUCCUGUAAACAGUAACCGAACAGCCUAUUUGGAGGAGUGUGAGGUGGCCACACCCACACAAUACUUCUUCUUCCGUGAAACGCUGAACAUCUCAUCAUCCAUCGAUGAAAACGGUGGUGUGCACAUGGGCCUGGCGCUCUGUCUGCUGUUAGCCUGGCUAAUUGUUUAUCUCUUCAUCGUUAAAGGGGUCAAAUCCACGGGAAAAGUUGUGUAUUUUACCGCUACAUUUCCCUACGUGGUCCUCAUCAUCUACCUGAUUCGUGGAGUCACCCUGCAUGGAGCUCUAAAUGGAGUGAAGUACAUGUUUACACCAAAGAUGGAGCAGCUGGCAAACCCUCAGACGUGGAUCAACGCUGCCACUCAGAUCUUCUUCUCUCUAGGUCUGGGCUUCGGCUCCCUCAUUGCCUUCGCCAGCUACAACCAUCACAACAACAACUUUGAGAAUCAGGCCAUCACAGUGUCUCUUAUCAACAGCGGCACUUCCAUUUUCGCCAGCAUCGUCACCUUCUCCAUCUACGGCUUCAAGGCCACAUUCAACUACGAGAGCUGUUUGGAGAGGAUGAGGCUGUUGCUGAUGAACACGUUUGAACUGGCUGAAGAUACAGUCCAUAUAGACAACAUCAGCUUCUGGAUCACAGAUCUGAACCGCACGCAGCCAGAGCAGAUUGCAGCGAUAGCCUCCAGAAUAGAGACCUGCAGUCUGGAGGCAGAACUAGACACGGCUGUUGAAGGAACCGGUCUGGCCUUCAUCGUGUACAGUGAGGCCAUCAAGAACAUGCCAGCUGCCCAGCUGUGGUCAGUGCUCUACUUCUUUAUGCUGCUGCUGCUGGGGAUGGGGAGCAUGCUGGGAAAUGUGACGGCCAUCAUUACUCCACUCAGAGACUUCAAAGUGCUCGCUCACAGCCUCAGCAACGAAACCCUCAACGGUUUGGUGUGUCUGUUCUGUCUGCUGCUUGGCUUUGGCUUCACCACCCGCUCCGGAAACUACUGGUUCACCAUGUUUAAUGAAUAUGGAGCCACGUUCUCCCUGCUCUUCAUCGUGCUUCUAGAGAUCGUUACUGUGUCCUAUAUCUAUGGACUGAAGAGGUUUGAAAAAGACAUUGAGGACAUGCUGGGACGGCGCCCGAACUGGUACUGGAAGAUCAUGUGGGUGGCAGUCAGCCCUCUCCUCCUCAUCAGCCUCUUCGUCUUCUACAUUCUGAACUACAUCCAGGGAGGAGCGCCCACCUACCAGGCCUGGGAUAAAGAUGUGGGCAGAUCAGUAGUGAAGGAGUAUCCGGUGUAUGGCCAGGUCUUCAUCACUCUUCUCCUCGUGUCCUCAGUGAGCUGCGUUCCCCUCACAGCUCUUUACGCCUUUUGUACGAGACAUCAACGUGGAGUUCGAGUCAGCGAGAACGCCGGCCACAGUGUAACAUCCACCGUAUAGGAGAGCAGUGCUGCCCUACAAAGACAAAGAGCAGUAACUAUGCCAACAGAGAAACUGGAAAAGCAGUUUCAAACAUCUAUUGUCCAGCUGAAUAUGCUGUAGGUGCUUUUGUAAUACAGUACAAAAAUUUUGUAUCAGUAAAUAUAAUUUUCUCUUUUAUAUCGGUGUACUUACAGCAUAUUUAGUUGGAGCACAACAGAACUUUGAAGCUGAUUUUCUCAGUUUUAUUCUUGGCGUAGUUCCUGCUCUUUGCCUUUGUAGAGCAGAGUGGCUCAGAGACUAAUUCCUUCACAUAUGCUAUAUGUCCAAAAGUAUCUAGAAACCUCUUCUUGACAAUGAACACCUUUAGGAUGAGUUGGAGAGAUAAAGCACUAUUAAGCACCUUUGGGAUGGGUUGGAGUGGCAGAAUUCCACUAAACACCUUUGGGAUGGGUUGCAAUGAUGGAGCUCCAUUGAAUACCUUUGGGAUGAGUUGGAAUUAUUAAGCACUAUUAAGCACCUUUAGGAUGGGUUGGAAUGAUGGAGCUCCACUGAACACCUUUGGGAUGGGUUGGAAUGAUGUAGCUCCCACUGAACACCUUUGGGAUGGGUUGGAAUGAUGGAGCUUCUACUGAACACCUUUGGGAUGAGUUGGAAUGACAGAGCUCCUCUGAACACCUUUGGGAUGUAUUGGAAUUGUGGAGCUCCACUGAACACCUCUGGGAUGAGUUGGAGUGAUGAACCUCUACUGAGGACCCUUGGGAUGAAAUGGAGUGAUGGAGCUCCACAGAACACCUUUAGGAUGAGUUGGAGUGAUGGAGCUCCACUGAACACUUUUUGAGCUCAUGUGGUUGUUGCCGAUGGGAGACAAACUCACUACACUUUGUUUCAGGAUUGUUGGAAGAGCAGGGGUCUGGAUAGUUUUGGACAUAUAGGGCCAGUUUCCCAGACCCAAAUUAAGUUUGGGCCUAAACAAAAAGCAGGCUUAACCCAUGUCCAGGAAACAAGCUCAUAGUGUAUUUACACACAUUCCAGAAUUCCAUAGUGGAGCUGAGGCUGUGGAAUAUCCAAGAUUUAAGGUACACAAGCUGCAGACAUACACUAAAAAAUAAGAACAAUAAUCAAUGCUUUCCUGUAAUUAAAACAGUCUAUUAAACACACAUUUUAAAAUGCAGUUUCAGCGUCCAGCCCAUAAAGGUAUUGAAGCGACCACAAAAUCCAUCUUGAAUAUACAUUCAAAAUCCACUGUAUGGAAUUGUCACUACUUUUAUUGUGUAAUUAUAUGUAUUUUAAAUUUCGUCACUUUAUUUCACAACAGCACAACUUACACUGAUACUGAUGUAAUCUGAGUACAAUACAGAAUUACUGGAAGUGAAACACAUUAACAUGCUCCAUAUUGAACAACCUGAAAAAACAUUGAUUUGGGCAGAUUUUAGUUUUUUUUAUAGGUUUAUUAGUCAUUUAACAGUAGUCCUGAGAUUUUUUAAAGUGACCCUUAUUAGUCCCACAAUGGGGAAAAUUCAUUUCUUUUUUUUUAACCCAUUGAUGCAGUGAAACACCACAUAGACACUAGUGAGCACACACACAUUAGGGGGCAGUGAGCACACUUGC